AUGUCGCAGCAACUGCGAAGGACUUCUAGAUCUUCUGGUAACAUUUCCUUCAAUAAUCCAUCCGCACCUGGUAUUCAUAAUUUUCGUAUUGGAUCUUCUGAACCCACAGAAUAUCAACCGGAUUCUCUUCGAAAUGCCUUUUUGGAAU